UCUCUCUCUCUCUCUCUCUCUCUCUCUCUCUCUCUCUCUCUCUCUCUCUCUCUCUCUCUCUCUCUCAUCAUCACAUCACCUUCAGCUCUCACAGUCACCAUUUCUCCGUCACUUGAAGGCAUCACCAUCACCACCACCACACCAUCACUUUCUUCAUCUCCCUGCAGAUAACACACCUCACCAUCACCACAACACCACACUAUCACCAUCCUCCUACAGGUAACACACACCACCAUCAUCACCACACCAUCACUAUCAUCAUCCUCCUGCAGGUAACUUCAUCUCUAACCACUAACGUCUCCUUCACGUAAAGUUAUCUUCUCUCGUUUUCUCCACUCAUCUCAUCUGUCUGUCCAUUCCAGGCCACCCCAGCAGGUCUUUUUGUCAUGCUUCUUCUUUUUUUUUUUUUUAAGCUUCCCUUUGUACUUUCAAUGGUCCCAGAGAUGAUUGGUUCGUGGGGUUCUCAGUGAUAUUUUUUUCCACCAGGUGAAGAUAAUAAUUUAGUUGGUCUGAUGGAUUAUUGCAGCUUCCGUUAUGUUCUUAUAUCUAUAGUACUUUGUGACUCUCCAUUUAUCUACUAUAUCUAUUUCUCUCAAUCUAUGCUUGUAUAUAUCUAUUUGUUUUUCUAUCAACCUAUCUAUUUAUCAACAUGUCUUUUUAUCAAGGUACCUAUCUAUCAAUUGUAUUUGUCACUUACAUUCUUAUGAGGCACUCCAGCUAAACUCCCGCACCUUCAGCUUAACGGAGCACAAAGCAGGCCUGGGUCAAGAUGCCGGUGGGUCUUCUCUCCAGCCUCAGCGGUUUCCUCAAGCUGACCAGCAACAAAGACAUUGACAGCCCCGUCAGCAAACUGCACCACAACUUCACCACACUUACUUUGCUAUGCUUCUGUCUCCUCCUCUCCGCCUCGUCUCUCAUUGGCGACCCCAUUCAGUGCACGUUUAACGACCACCCGCUGAUGAAAGAGGACAUGAUUAAAACCUACUGCUGGCUGCACACUACCUUCACUCUGCCACGCCACUACAAGGGUGCGGGACAGAUCUACCCGGGCAUCGGCGCCACCACAUCUAACGGCGAGUUUGUUUACCACGCCUAUUACCAGUGGGUGCCUUUCGUUCUCUUCCUGCAGGCCAUCAUGUUCUACGCACCAUACUGGCUGUGGAAGAUGUGGGAGGGAGGCGUGGUGGAUUCCGCGUCCACAGACCUGGCGGCGCCCGUUAUGAAUAAAGAGGAGCUCAAAGGCAAGAUCGAAAUGCUGGGCGACUACCUGCAGGCCUCGCUGGGCCAACACAACAAGUACGCCAUGAAGUACCUGGGCUACGAGGCUCUCAACUUGGUGGUCACCAUCACCAAUAUCUGUGUCAUGGACGCCUUUCUGGGAGGCAAAUUUAUCUCAUACGGCACCAAGGUGUUCUCCUUCGCGCAGAUGGAGGAUGAGGACCGCAUCGACCCCAUGAUCAUGCUGUUCCCGCGCAUGACCAAGUGUACCUUCAGGGCUGUGGGACCGUCCGGCACCACGGAGAAACUGGACAGCCUGUGCAUCCUGCCCCACAACAUCCUCAACGAGAAGGCGUACCUGUUUCUGUGGGUGUGGCUGUGGAUCCUGCUGGUGGCUGGCUCCUUCUCCGUCCUGUGGCGCUGCCUCGUCUUCUUCGUGCCCUUCAUGCGCAUCAACCUCCUGCGCAACUACACGCAUGGACUCAACAACAAUGAGACGAAGGCGCUCUCUACUUACCUGAGCGUGGGGGACUACUUCCUCUUCUACCUGCUGCACAAGAACGUGUCGCGCCUGGCCUUCACCGACCUGGUGCGGGACGUGGCGGGGCGCAUCUCCAGCAGGGACUCAGAGAGCCUGGAGAUGGGCGAUAAGGUGCGCAGGGACAGCAAGAAAUACCAUCGCAUGAACUCACCCAGGCCUACACCAUCUGGAGGCUUAUGGACCUGAUGGGGUCCCUCCUAUUGUUCUCCGAAACUGCGUUUCCGUGCUUACACUUUGCCUAGUCAAAGCCUUUCAACUUUGUCUAUCAACAUCUACCUUUCCUUCUCCUGGAAGUUUGCCCACAUUCAACGUGUUUCUAAAAAGGGUGACCGUUCUUAUCCCUGAAACUACCGUCCUAUCCUCAAUAGUAAGAUUCUUAAACAUCUAUCACUUCACAACCUUCUAUCUGAUCGCCAGUAUGGGUUCCGUCAAGAUCGCUCUACUGGUGAUCUUCUGGGGUUCCUUACUGAGUCUUGGUCAUCCUCUUUUAGAGAUUUUGGUGAAACUUUUGCUGUUACCUUAGACAUAUCAAAAGCUUUUGAUAGAGUAUGGCACAAAGCUUUGAUUACCAAACUACCCUCCUACCGCCUCUAUCCUUCUCUCUGUAACACCAUCUCAAAUUUCCUUCCUGACCGGUUUAUUGCUGCUGUGGUAUACGGUCACUGUUCUUCUCCUAAACCUAUUAACAAUAGUGUUUCUAAGGGUUCUCUUCUGUCACCCGCUCUCUUCCUAUUAUACAUCAAUGAUCUUCUAAAUCAAACUUCUUGUCCUAUUCCCUCCUACACUAACGAUACCACCCUGCACUUUUCCACGUCUUUUCGUAGAUGUCCAACCCUUCAGAAAGUAAACAGUUCACGCAAGGAAACCAAAGAACACCUGACUUCUGAUCUCUCUAAAAUUCGAUUGGAGCAGAGCAAACAUAUUAUUGUUCAAUGCCUCAAAAACUCAAUUCCUCCAUCUAUCAACUCGACACAACCUUCCAGACAAUUAACCUCUUCUUCAAUAAUACUAAACUGUCCCCUUCUACACUGAACAUCCUUGGUCUGUCUUUUACUAAUAAUCUAAACUGGAAACUUCAAAUCUUGUCUCUAGCUAAAACAGCUUCUAUGAAGUUAAGCGUUCUGAGUCGUCUCCACCAGUUUUUCUCAAUUUCCCUCCCCCUAGCUGCUAACUCUGUACAGGGGCCUUUUCCGUCCAUGUAUGUGGGGUUCCACUCAUACCGCUCUUUCAGACAAGUUGGAAUAAAUAAUUUUACAUCUCAUCAACUCCUCUCCUCUAACCGACUGUCUUCAGCCUCUUUCUCAUCGCCGCAAUGUUGCAUCUCUUGCUAUCUUCUACCGCUAUUUUCAUGCUAACUGCUCUUCUGAUUUUGCUAACUGCAUGCCUCCCCUCCUCCCACGGCCUCGCUGCACAAGACUUUCUUCUUUCUCUCACCCCUAUUCUGUCCACCUCUCUAAUGAAAGAAUUAACCAGUAUUCCCGGUUAUUCAUCCCUUUCUCUAGUAAACUCAGGAACUCCCUGCCUGCUGCUGUAUUCCCACCUUCCUAUGACGAACUCUUUCAAGAGGGAGAUUUCAAGAGAAUUAUCUUCUAAUUUUUGACUACCGGUUUUGACUCUGAUCGAGGACUGGCACCUCAAAAACUUUGUGGGCCUUUUUUUUUUUUUACGAUUUUGUUGCCCUCGGCCGGUGCUUAUUCGACAUAGAAAAAGAAAAAAUUGAUGCACAUAAACACACACAAAUACUAUCAGUCACAAAUAUCUUAGUUAUAAGUGUAUGAUUUAUUAUUUUUUACAUUAGUACUUACAGAAUGACGCAUUGUUGAUUACGAACAAUAAAGAAUUUCCGUAUUUAA